UCGCAGCUGUGUGCUGUCGCCCAGCGUUUCUCUGGAGGGAAGCUGGGGAGGAUUUGGCGGCUUGGGAGACCUUAAAACUUUGAAAUAACUGGAUUUGGGCAAAUCACAAAGUUGGGCUGUAGGUUUGAGACCCUAGUGGAUGGCCAGAGAGGCUCCCUUACUGUCAGCAAAUACUGCGGGACUCUGUCGCUGAGCCUCUAACACCGUCCCAAGAUGACGGAGAUUGUGGAGGAAUAUGAGGAAUAUGAGGAGUUUGAGGAGUUUGAGGAGGAGGAGAUCGUGGAGGAGAUUACAACGAGGACUGUCACUGAGCACAAGAGCUCUCAGCUCUUACAGUCCGGACUGCCCACCAGGAAAGUCAGGAAGAAGGUCAAGGUGGAUACCUCCAAGUUCAUGACUCCAUACCUGGCUCACAGCCAGAAGAUGAUGGAGCAGUACAGCCAUAACAAAUACCGGCAUGCGUACGACCUGUCCAAAGGGACGCCUCCUGCCUACAGCGCUGAUACUCCUGAAAUGCUUCGCAUCAGGAAGGCCCAGGAGCAGCUCAGCGAGGUUAAAUACCGCAUGGAGGGGAACAAGGCUCGGACGACCAGCUUGUACGACGGAGAGGCCAAAGAGAUCGCCCACGUCAAGCGUGUGUCUGAACUGAUCAGCAAGGUCCUGUACAGACAGAAGUGGGAUGAGACGAAGGACCGGUACCUGCUGCCUCCUGAUGCUCCUGAACUCGUGCUGGCUGUGAAGAACGCUGCCAACGUCAGCAAGAAACUGUACACGGAGGACUGGAACGAAGAGAAGACCAUGUUCUACCCGUACAGCGACAGUCCCGAGCUGCGCAGGGUGGCUCAGGCUCAGGAGUGCCUCAGUGACGUUCGCUACAAGAAGGGUCACGAUCAGCGCAAGGCGAAAUACACCUCCCUGGCUGAUCCUCCUGAGGUGGAGCUGGCCAAGAGAGUGGAACAACAGCGCAGUGACCUGAAAUACAGGGAGGACUACAAUAAAAAUGUGAAGGGUCAAUGGUGCGAGACGCCAUACUUCGACGUGGCCACUGCCAGGGUGGCGAUGGAGAACUUGAGUAAUAGACAUUACACGCAGAAAUAUGAGGACGAGAAAGAUCAACUUUAUUUCAUGCAGACAGACACGCCCGUUUAUGACACCAACAAGAAGGCUCGUAUUGCUGCCAGUGAGGUCCAAUACAAGAAGGAAUACGAGAAGAACAAAGCGCAGUCUGACUACAACACGCUUCCCGCCACGGAGAACCCUCUCCUCCGACAGCUCAGAUACGCUGGCACCAUCCUCAGUGAUAAAGUUUAUAAGGCCCAAUAUGAGAAGUCGAGAGGUUUCAGCAUCAACUACUGCGACACGCCCAAGUUUCAGAUGGACUCCGUCCUCAAACAGUUCACUGACACACAUUACAAAGAUAAGUAUGACAGUGAGGUGAAGGGUCACUACAUCGGCAGCUACGAGGACGUCUACACGGUUCACUGUCAGAACAUGGAGCAGAUGAAGAACGAGCAUCUGUACAAAGCAGAAUAUGAAGACAUAAAGACCAGAUGUUUCUUCCCUCAAACCGUCACGCCUGAAUAUGAAGCGAUAAAGAAUCUUCAGAAGUGUAAAGAUAAAGUUUACCGGCAGCAUCCAGACAAAGUGAAAUUUACACAAGUGGUGGAUUCGCCAGUUCUGGUUCAAGCUGCCAUCAACGCCCAGCAGCUAAGUGACUUGAACUACAAGGCGAAGUACGAAGACAUGAAGUUCAAGAACUGUCUGCCCCCAGAUUAUCCCUUCUUCAUCCAGUCCAGAGUUAACGCUUUUAACCUCAGUGAUAACUGUUAUAAGUAUGACUGGGAGAAACUGAAAGCCAAGAAGUUUGAGGUCAGAGGUGACGCCAUCCCGAUCCUCGCUGCCCGCGCUCACACUAACAUCAUCAGUGAUGUUAAAUAUAAGAAGGAGUACGAGAAGAACAAGGGACAGAUGGUCGGAGCCCUCAGCAUCAAUGACGAUCCCAAAAUCUUACACUCUGUUCACGUUGCCAAAAUCCAGAGUGACCGUGAAUAUAAGAAGGACUAUGAGAAGAUUAAGACCAAGUACCACACACCUCUGGAUAUGAUGUCCGUCACUUUGGCCAAGAAGUCCCAGGGCAUCGCCAGCAUGGCGGGGUACAGGAGCAUCAGCACCAACUUCUUCCUCCCCCCCGACAGCGUGCUGUUGGACCUGGCCAAGAAGGCCAACAUCAUCCAGAGUGAUAAUGAGUACAAGGCCGACUACAACAGCUUCACCAAGGGAACUCCCUGGGUCCCCUUUGGCUCCUUGGACGUGGAGAAGAAUAAGAAAGCUGCUGAGAUCCUCAGUGAGAAAAAAUACAGACAGCACCCGGACACCAUCCCCUUCACCUCCAUCGAUGACCACCCCAUCAUGAUGCAGGCCAAAGUCAACCAGCUCCAGAGGAGCGAUCUCUUCUAUAAGAGAGGUCUGGAGGAAGUCCAUCAGAAGUACUCCCUGCCUCCUGACGUCCCCGAGUUCCUCCAGGCCAGGUGUAACGCCUACAACAUCAGCCAGAAAUACUACAAGCUCGCCUGGCAGAAACAUCUUCUCAAAGGUUACGACAUGAAGCCCGAUGCCAUCCCUGUGGUCGCUGCCAAAGCUGCCAGACAUGCUGUCAGUAAUGUCCAAUACAAGAAGGCGUACGAGAAGGCCAGAGGUCACCACGUUGGCUUCCGCAGCCUGCAGGACGACCCUCUGCUGGUUCACUACAUGGAGGUGGCGAAGAUGCAGAGUGACAAGAACUACAAGAAGGACUAUCACAAGGCCAAGCUGAAGUACCACACCCCCGUGGACAUGAUGAGUGUGGUCCACGCCAAACAUGCCUCAACAGUGCAGACCUACGCCGGCUACAAGCAGGACAACCACAAGUACUGUCUUCUGCCCGACGCUAUGAACCUGGAACUUGCUCGCAACAUGAACUUUAACGCCAGUGAUAACAACUAUAAGCAGGAGUAUGAGACCUGUAUCAAGGGCAUCGGCUGGGUUCCCAUUGGUUCCCUGGAGGUGGAGAAGGCCAAGACGGCAGCAGCAGCUCUGAAUGAGAAGAAUUACCGCCAGCACCCAGAAACCCUCAAAUUCACCAGCACCAUGGACUCCAUGAGCAUGGAGCUGGCCAAGACCAACGCCAAGAUCAUGAAUAUGAAAGAGUACAAGGCCAGCGGAGAGAAGUUCAUGCACACCUACCAUCUCCCUGCUGACGCUCCUGAACUGUUGCAAGCCAGAUACAACGCCGUCAACAUCAGCCAGAAUUACUACACCUACGCUCAUCGUAAAGAUCUGCUCAAAGGACACCAUGUGAAGGAAGACGCCAUCCCUGUCGUUGCAGCAAAAACUUCCAGAGACAUUGCCAGUAAUUACAAAUACAAGCUGGCGUACGAGAAGGCCAGAGGUCACCAUGUCGGCUUCCGCAGCCUGCAGGACGACCCUCUGCUGGUUCACUACAUGGAGGUGGCGAAGAUGCAGAGUGACAAAAACUACAAGAAGGACUAUCACAAGGCCAAGCUGAAGUACCACUCCCCCGUGGACAUGAUGAGUGUGGUCCACGCCAAACAUGCCUCAACAGUGCAGACCUACGCCGGCUACAGACGGAUCCCUCACAACUAUCUGCUCCUGCCCGACAACUUUGAAGAAGCCAAGAAGAAGGGCUACGAUAUGCGCAGUGACGCCAUUUCCAUCAAGGCAGCCAAGGCCUCCAGGGACAUCGCCAGUGAUUACAAGUACAAGACAGGAUACCGCAAUCAGGUGGGCCACCACAUCGGUGCUCGCUGUGUCCAGGACGACCCUCUGCUCGUGCUGGCUCUGAACUCAGCCAAGAUCGCCAGUGAUGCUCUGUACAAGAAGGACUUCAACAGGUCCAAGACCAAGUUCAACCUGCCUGUGGACAUGCUGACCCUGGAGCUCGCCAAGAAAUGCCAGAUUCAGGUCAACGACUUCAACUACAGAACUCAUCUGCACCAGUGGACCUGCCUGCCAGACUCCAACGAUGUGGUCCAGGCCAGACAUGCAUAUGACCUCCAGAGCGAUGCCGUCUACAAAGCUGACCUGAAGUGGCUCCAGGGCCUGGGCUGGGUCCCCAUUGGCUCACUUGACGUGGAGAAAGCCAAGAAGGCUGCGGAAGCCUUGAGUGAAAGGAGCUACCGCCAGCACCCCAGCAUCUUCCCCUUCAAAAGCACCACAGACGCCAUGAAUAUCGUUCUGGCAAAGAAUAAUGCUCACACCAUGAACAAGCGUCUUUACACAGAGGCAUGGGACAAGGAAAAGACCCAGGUGCACAUCCAGCCUGACACACCUGAGAUCCUCCUGUCUCAGCAGAAUGCUAUCAACGUGAGCAGGAAACUCUACAGACAAGGUUUUGAGGCAACCAUCAACAAAGGCUAUUUCCUCCCUGCGGAUGCUGUCUCCGUCAAGGCUGCCAAGGCCUCCAGGGACAUCAUCAGUGACUACAAGUACAAGACAGGAUACCGCAGUCAGGUGGGCCACCACAUCGGUGCUCGCUGUGUCCAGGACGACCCUCUGAUCAUGCUGGCUCUGAACUCAGCAAAGAUCGCCAGUGAUGCUCUGUACAAGAAGGACUUCAACAAGUCCAAGACCAAGUUCAACCUGCCUGUGGACAUGCUGAGUCUUGAGCUGGCCAAGAAAUGCCAGAUUCAGGUCAACCACGCCAACUACAUCACCCGCCUGCACCAGUGGACCUGCCUGCCAGACUCCAACGAUGUCGUCCAGGCCAGGAAAGCCUACGACCUCCAGAGUGAUGCUGUGUACAAAGCUGACAUGGAUGAGGUCAUCGGCGUAGGAUGGGUCCCCAUUGGUUCAAUCGAUGUGUUGAAGGCCAAGAAUGCUGCAAGAAUUCUUAGUGACCAUCUCUACAGGCUGAAACCAGACACACAGAAAUUCACAACUGACAUGUCCUCCAUGCCCAUGGUCCUGGCCAAGGCCAACGCUGAAGUCAUGAACAAGAAAAACUACAUCUCUGCCUGGGAGGCCGACAAGCUGAAGAUCCAUGUGCCCCCUGACAUACCUGAGGUUUUGCUUUCUAGAUCCAACGCUUACAACAUCAGCAGGAAAAACUACAGGGAAGGUGUUGAGGAGAUCUUCAGGAAGGGCUACGACAUGAAGGCUGACGCCGUCUCUGUUGUUGCUGCCAAACGUUCAAGAGAUAUCAUCAGUGAUUACAAGUACAAGACAGGGUACCGUAAGCAGGUGGGCCACCACAUCGGAGCCCUCAGUGUCAAUGACGACCCUCUGAUCGUGCUGGCUAUGAACUCAGCAAAGAUCGCCAGUGAUGCUCUGUACAAGAAGGACUUCAACAAGUCCAAGACCAAGUUCAACCUGCCUGUGGACAUGCUGAGUCUGGAACUGGCCAAGAAAUGUCAGAUCCAAGUCAACGACUUCAACUACAGGACUCAUCUGCACAACUGGACCUGCCUGCCAGACUCCAACGACGUGGUCCAGGCCAGGAAGGCGUACGACCUACAGAGUGACGCUGUUUACAAGGCCGACAUGGAGUGGAUCAAGGGAAUGGGCUGGGUGCCAAUCGGUUCACUUGAUGUGGAGAAAGCCAAGAAAGCUGGAGAGAUCCUGAGUGACAUUAAAUAUCGUCAACAUCCCAGCAUCUUCAAAUUCACUGCCCAGACAAUAGACAUGCCGUACGCCUUGGCUCAGGCCAACGCCGCCAACAUGGACAAGAAAGCAUACACUGCUGCCUGGGACAAGGACAAGCUCAACAUUCACAUCAUGCCCGACACCCCAGAGAUCCUCCUGGCCCAGCAGAAUAAACUCAACACCAGUCUGAAAUAUUACCAUGAGGGUUACUGGGACACCAUCCACAAAGGCUACUUCCUUCCCAAAGAUGCUAUCUCUGUGUUAGCAGCCAAGGCCUCCCGCGACAUCGUCAGCGACUACAAAUACAAGGCUGGUUUCCGUAAGCAGUGUGGCCAUCACAUCGGCGCCCUCAGCGUUAACGAUGACCCACUGAUCAUGUUGGCUGCUAACGCAGCCAGGAUCUCCAGUGACAACAUCUAUAAGAAGGACUUCCACAAGACCAAGACCAAGUACAACCUGCCUGUCGACAUGCUGACGAUCGAACUGGCCAAGAAAUGUCAGCAGCAAGUCAACGACUUCAACUAUAGGACUCACCUGCACCAGUGGACCUGCCUGCCAGACUCCAGUGACGUGGUUCAGGCCAGGAAGGUUUACGACCUACAGAGUGAUGCCGUGUACAAAGCUGAUCUGGAGUGGCUGAGAGGAUGCGGCUGGUCACCACAGGACUCUGUGGACGUCCUCAAAGUUAGACACGCCCAGACUAUUAUCAAUGACAGGCUGUACCGCCAGCCUCCCAGCACCGUCAAGUUCACCAGCGUGGUCGACCUCCCUGCAAUCGUCCUGUCCAAGCAGAACGCUGACAACAUCAGUGAAAGGAAAUAUAGGGAAGUCUGGGAUAAAGACAAGCUCAGCAUUCACCUGCCACCUGACACCCCGACCUUUGAACUGUCCAAGGCCAAUGCCAUCAACAUCAGCAAUAAACUGUACACCAAGGCGUGGGAUGAGCAGAAGGCCCGAGGAUACAACAUUAAGGCAGAUGCUAUUUCCGUGGUGAAGGCUAAAGCUUCCAGAGAUAUCAGCAGCAACUACAAGUACCUGGCGAGUUACCGUAAGCAGGUGGGCCACCACAUCGGCGCUCGCUGCGUCCAGGACGACCCUCUGAUCAUGCUGGCUAUGAACUCAGCAAAGAUCGCCAGUGAUGCUCUGUACAAGAAGGACUUCAACAAGUCCAAGACCAAGUUCAACCUGCCUGUUGACAUGCUGAAUCUGGAACUAGCCAAGAAAUGUCAGAUCCAAGUCAACGACUUCAACUACAGGACUCAUCUGCAUCAGUGGACAUGUCUGCCCGACUCCAACGACGUUGUCCAGGCCAGGAAGGCGUACGACCUCCAGAGUGAUGCUGUGUACAAAGCAGAUAUGGAAUGGUUACGUGGAUGUGGAUGGAUGCCACAUGAGUGUGUGGAUGUCAUGAAGGUGAAGCACGCCCAGAAGAUCCUGGCUGAUAGAGGUUACCGUGUGAAGUUGGAUGAUCAGAAGUUUGUGGUUCCAACUGACAGAGUCGACCUGGUCUGUGCCAAGAACGCUGCUGAUGUCCUGAACGAGGCCAAGUACCGUGAGGCCUGGCACCAGGACAAGACCAAGUACUCACUGGUGGACACUCCAGUUCUCGCCACAGCCAGAGAGGUGGCCAAGAACGUUCACCCGCAUCUGUACACCCAAGCCUGGGAUAAGGUCAAAGCCACGGGCUACUACAUGCCCGGAGAUGCCGUGCCAAUCAAGCAGUGCAUCAGUACGACUAAAGUGCAGAGUAAGCACAAGUACCUGGAGAGCUACCGUAAGCAGGUCGGCCACCACAUUGGCGCCCUCAGCGUCAAUGACGACCCUCUGAUCAUGCUGGCUAUGAACUCAGCAAAGAUCGCCAGUGACGCUCUGUACAAGAAGGACUUCAACAAGUCCAAGACCAAGUUCAACCUGCCUGUGGACAUGCUGGCCUUUGAACUGGCCAAGAAAUGCCAGAGACAAGUCAAUGAUGACCUCUACAGAACCGGACGCCUGCACCAGUGGACAUGUCUGCCAGACCAGAACGAUGUCAUCCAGGCCCGCAAAGCCUACGACCUUCAGAGCGAUCACGUGUACAAGGCUGAUCUGGAGUGGCUGCGUGGCUGCGGCUGGAUGGCGGCUGACUCUGUGGACCACGUCAAGGUCAAGAAGGCCCAGGAGAUUCUCAACGAGAGACUCUACAAGAAGAACGCCCAGGAGUGCUUCGGAAAGUUCACCCUGAUUGUGGACCGCCCUGAGAUCCUGCUGGCGAAGAUGAAUGCAGCUAACCUCAGUGACCUGAAGUACAAAGAGACCUUCAACGCAGAGAAAGGUCUGUACAUUGGUUCAGAGGACACGCCUCAGCUGGCCCACAGCAGGGAGGUGUCCAAGAUCAUCAGUGAGAAACUCUACAAACAACACUGGGAUGAGUCCAAAGCGACGGGCUACAAGCUGGACCAUGAAUACAUCCCACUCGUCAGUGGCAAGAAGGGCAGGGAGAUCGCCAGUGAUGUCAAAUACAAGGAUACCCAUGAGAAGGCCAAGGGUCACUACAUGGCUGGAACCCUGAUCGACUUCCCUGAGGUGGUGCGCUGUGGACAGCAGGAGAAGAACAAAGGACUGAGGGUCUACCAUAAGGACUACCACCUCAGCAAGACCAAGACCCACCUCCCACCUGACAUCAUCGCUAACACGGUCGCUAAGCGCUGCCAGGACAUGCUGAGUGAUGUCAUCUACCGCACCUACCUGCACCAGUGGACCUGCCACCCCGACCAGGAGGACGCCAUCCGUGCCCGCAAGACCAACGAGAUCCUCAGUGACGUGUUCUACAAGGACGACCUGAACUGGAUGAAGGGGAUGGGCUGCUACGCCUGGGACACACCUGAGAUCAUUCGUGCCAAGAAGUCGUACGAUCUGCAGAGCGAACUCAAAUACAGAGAGGACGCCAAGAAGGAAUUCAACAACUACUCCAUUGUGACCGACACCCCGGCUUAUGUGACGGCUGUGCUGGGCCACACCUGGGCCAGCGAUCUCAACUACAGGGAGGCUUAUCACAAAGAGAAGCACAUGUACACCACCGUCCUGGACACCCACGACUACGCCAGGUGCCACAACUUCAAGGAAUUCUUCAGCAACAAAAACUACACCUCCACCUGGGACAAAAUCAAAGCCAACAGCUACACGAUUCCACACGACUCCCACUCCCUGCAGCACGCCAAGCAGCAGAAGGUCAUCCUCAGCAACGUGAAGUACAAGGAGGAUUAUGAGAAGUUCAAAUCCCUCUACAGUCUGCCGAAGUCUCUGGAGGACGAUCCCUCCACUGCUCGCUGCGUCAAAGCUGGAAAGCUGGUCCUGGAUCGUCUGUACCACGAGAACUACGAGAAGACCAAGGCCAAGAACCACAUCCCACCAGACAUGCUGGAGAUCGUGGCCGGACGCAACACCCAGAACACCGUCAGCAUGAUCAACUACCGCAAGUACCUGCACCAGUGGAUCUGCCUCCCCGACAUGCAGGUGUAUGUCCAGGCACGCAAGGUCAACGAGCAGCUCAGUGACAUCUUCUACAAGGACGACCUGAACUACCUGAGGGGUAUCGGCUGCUUCGCCUGGGACACACCUGAGAUCCUCCGUGUCAAACAUGCUGGUGACCUUCAGAGUGAGAACAAGUACAGAGCCAAAGGUAUCGAGGCUUUCAAGGAGUACUCAGUGGUGACGGACACUCCGGUUUACGAGACGGCCAAGCAGAACUCUCAGAACCUGAGCGAUCUGCACUACCGCUACGAUUACAACGUCAACAUCAAGGGCACCAACACUGCUCCUCCUGUUACUGUGGACACAGAGAGGGCACGCCUGGCGAACUACAUCCAGAGUGAUAACUGGUACAAGGAGGCCAACAAGAGCUUCAUGCCGACUGGUUACUCCCUGCCCCACGACACCCCGCUCAUCAAACAGGCCAAGCUGAACAGCGUCAUCAACAGCAACGUGAAGUACAAGGAGGCGUACGAGAUGACGAAGGCGAAGGCCUACACUCUCCAUCCAGAGGGCGUCAACUUUGUCAACUCAAGGAAGGCUCACAAGAUCGUCAACGAUCGUCUGUACAGAGAGGACUACCACAAACACAAGGACAAGAUCCACACAACCUACGACACCCCCGAUAUCAAACAAGUCAAGAUGAACCAGUCCAACCUCAGCGACUUGUGCUACAAAGAGAAAUACUACAACAGCAGAGGUCAGCUGAUCUCUAUGCCUAUCACUCCCGAGCUGAUGCACUGCGCCCACGUCAAUGAGAUCACCAGCGAGCUGAAAUACAAAGAGGACCUGACCUGGCUCAGAGGCCUCGGCUGCUUCCUGUACGACACCCCAGAGAUGAUCACCGUCCGCAACAUCACCAAACAGAGACUGACCUACCCAGUGGAGGCAAAGAAGAACCUCGCCAACUUCUCCGUGGUCCUGGACACGCCUGAGUAUAAACGUGUGACUGAGCUGAAGAGCCACAUGAGCAACCUGAUCUACAAAGCCCAGAGUAAGGAGGAGAUGGCCAAGGUCACCACCACUGUGGACUCAGUGGACAUCACCAGAGCCAAAUGGGCCCAGCAGCUGACCAACAAGUACCUGUACACUGACCUGGCCACUAAGGAGAGAUGCCAUUUCACUCCAGAAAACGAAACUCCACACAUGGACCACGCCAGGAAAAUGAAGGUCAUCUACAGUGAUAACAAAUACAAAGACCAGUAUGAGAAGAUGAAGCACAGAUACACCGCCAUCGCCGACACUCCACUCCUGAUCCGGGCCAAGAAAUCCUACCUGCAGUCCAGUGAUCUGCGUUACAAAGAGACCUUCGAGCUGUCUAAGGGACACUACCGCACAGUGAAGGACGCUCUGGACAUCGUCUACCACCGCAGAGUCACUGAUGACAUCAGCGAGGUUAAAUACAGAGAGAAGUACAUCACCUCUCUGGGGACGUGGAAGUCCAUCCCCGAUCGUCCUGAGUUCUUCUUCAGCAAGAUUGUCAACGACAACGUCAGCAACGUGAAGUACAAGGAGGACCUGGAGUGGCUGAGGGGUCUCGGCUGCUUCGUGUGGGACACACCUGACCUGGUGAUGGCUGAGAGGAACAAGGCGCUGUACAGCGAGAGAGUGUACAAAUCCUCCUUUGAGAAGAACAGAGGCAACUUCAAGUACACCAGCGACACUCCAUUCUUCCAGGCUGCCAAAUAUGCUUCCUCCAUCAUCAACGAUAGAUCCUACAGAGCUGCUUAUGAGAAAACCAAGGAUAAGUUCACCGUAACUACCGAUGAUCCUAGAUACGUCCUGGCCAGGGAGAACAACAAGAUGAGCCAGGUGAGGUAUAAAUCCAGAGCAAAGGAUCUGCUAAGGAUUGGUUGCAAUGAGCUGCACCGUCCCGACAUCCUCACAGCCCUUUUCCAGUCCUCUAUGACCAGUAAGUGGAGGUACAGGGAGCAGUAUGAACGUGCCAAAGACAAGUUCACCUCCGUUCUGGAGACUCCAGAGUACGAGGCCCACAGACGCAGCAAGAAGAUCGGCGAUAUCAUCUACAAGAUGGAGUACAACAAGACCAAGGCGAAGGCAUACACCCUGCCUUAUGACACUCCUCACCAGCAGCACAUGAAGAAGGUCAAAGACAUCACCAGUAAUCUGAAGUACAAAGAGGUGUACGAGAAGUGUAAGGCCCAGAUCAACAUGGACCCUGAGGCUCACUCCAUCCGUGCUGCCAAGGAGGCCUACAAGAACAUCAGCAACCUUGACUACAAGAAGAAGUAUGAAGCCACCAAGAACAAGUGGAUCUGGACAGCAGACAGACCCGACUUUGUGAAUGCUGCUAAGAACUCCCUUCAACAGAGUGAUGUUGAGUACAAGUAUGACAAGGAGGUGAUGAAGGGCUGUGUGAUUCCCGUGGUUGAUGACAAGCUGACCGUCCUGGCCAUGAAAAAUGCUGAAAUGGCCAGCAUUGUGAAGUACAAAGACAAGUAUGAGAAGGCAAAGGGCCACUACAUCCCCGUCCAGGACACGCCUCAGAUCCUUCACGCCAAGGCUGUGCGCACUCUGGCGUCAGAGACCAAAUACAAGGAGGCCAGUAAGAAGGAGAUGCAGUCGGGCUCGUUCACCACUCUGCCCGAGACUCGUGACACGGCCCACAGCAGGAACGUCAACAAGCUCGUCAGCAAGACCGUGUACAAAGCCAAGUUUGAGAAGGAAAAGGGCAAGUCAAUAUAUAACCACAUGAUUGUUCCACCUGAUGUUCAGCACGCCAUGGGAGUGGCCAAGACUCAGAGCAGCGUGGCCUACAAGAAAGACGCCAAGGCCAACCUGCACUACACCACUGUGGUCGACCGUCCUGACAUAAAGAAGGCCACCCAGGCCUCCAAACUCAUCAGUGGGAUCGGCUACCGUGACAAGGCCCGUGAGGAGGCCAGCCGUGGAGGCUCUCUGGUCCACCGCCCAGACAUCACUCUGGCCACUGAGGUGUCCAAGCUCACCAGCCAGCUGAAGUACAAGGAGAAGUUUGAUAAGGAGAUGAAAGGAAAGAAGCCACAAUAUGACCUGAAGGACAGUAAGAUUUACAAGACUCUGAAGGAUGCCAGUGUGCUGGCUAGUGAGGUGAAGUACAAAGGUGACCUGAAGAAGAUCCACAAGCCUGUGACCGACAUGGCCGAGUCUCUGUCCAUGCAGCACAGCCUGAGCACCAGCAAACUGUCCAGCGACUACUGCUACAAGAAGAAAUUUGAGGAGAGUAAGGGUCACUACCUUUUGAUCCCUGACACACCUGAACAGCUCCAUCACAAGGAGGCUACUGAUCUGCAGAGCAACGUGAAAUAUAAGGAGAAGUAUGAGAGGGAGAAGGGUAAACCCAUGCUGGACUUUGAGACACCAACAUAUGUGACGGCUAAGGAGGCGCAGCACAUGCAGAGCCAGAAAGACUAUAAGAAGGACUUUGAGGAGCACAUGAAGGGCAAGAACCUCUCAGGCUUGGAGGUCACGCCCGCCAUGAUACAUGUCAGAAACGCCACCAGAAUAGUCAGUGAGAAAGAGUACAGGAGGGAUCUAGAGGAGGGAGUGAAGGGUAAAGGGCUAACUGUACUGGAGGAAACUCCGGAGCUUUUGAGAGCAAGGAAUGCCACUCAAAUCCUGUGUGAGAGAGAGUACAAGAAGUCACUGGAGCAGGAGAUCAAGGGCAAAGGAAUGUUGGCUUUGGCUACAGACACCCCCGACUUCAUGAGGGCCAGGAACGCCACUGACAUCCUCAGUCAGACCAAGUACAAGCAGACCGCUGAGAUGGACAGGGCCAGCUACACCACUGUGAUCGACACCCCAGACAUUAUCCACGCUCAACAGAUGAAGAACAUCGUCAGCCAGAAAAAGUACAAGGAGGAGGCAGAGAAGACGAUGUCUCACUAUGUGCCGGUCCUGGACACUCCUGAGAUGCAGAGAGUCCGAGAGAACCAGAAGAAUUUCAGCACUAAUCUUUACCAGAUUGACCUUAAAAACAUAAAGGGCAAAGUGUCUACUGUAAAGGACACUCCUGAAAUGCUUCGUGUUAAAGAGAAUACAAAGAAUUUCAGCUUGAUUCAGUACAAAGAGGAGGUGGGAGGAGGAACAGCUUUACCGGAGACGCCUGAGAUGGAGAGAGUUAAACGCAACCAGCGGAACGUUAGCACGAUUCAGUACAAGGACUCUGUGGGUCAAGGCACGUCCAUCCCAGAUCUCCCUGAGGUGAAGCGGGUCCGAGAAACCCAGAAGAAUAUCAGCUUGAUUCAAUACAAGGCAGACGUGGGACAAGGCACGUCAGUGUCAGAGACCCCAGAGAUGGAGAGAGUUAAACGCAAUCAGCAAAACAUUAGCACGAUUCAGUACAAGGACUCUGUGGGUCAAGGCACGUCCAUCCCAGAUCUCCCUGAGGUGAAGCGGGUCCGAGAAACCCAGAAGAAUAUCAGCUUGAUUCAAUACAAGACAGACGUGGGACAAGGCACGUCAGUGUCAGAGACCCCAGAGAUGGAGAGAGUUAAACGCAAUCAGCAAAACAUUAGCACGAUUCAGUACAAGGACUCUGUGGGUCAAGGCACGUCCAUCCCAGAUCUCCCUGAGGUGAAGCGGGUCCGAGAAACCCAGAAGAAUAUCAGCUUGAUUCAAUACAAGACAGACGUGGGACAAGGCACGUCAGUGUCAGAGACCCCAGAGAUGGAGAGAGUUAAACGCAAUCAGCAAAACAUUAGCACGAUAAAGUACAAGGACUCUCUGGGUCGAGCUACGGCUAUCCCGGACCUGCCGGAGGUGAAGCGGGUCAGACAAACCCAGAAGCACAUCAGCUCGGUGUGGUAUAAAGACAGUUCAGCCAAAGGAACUCCUGUGGUCUUUACCCCAGAGAUGGAGCGAGUCAAAAGGAACCAAGAGAACAUUAGCUCGGUGCUGUACUCUGACAGCUUCCGUAAGCAGGUCCAGGGCAAGGCCGCCUUCGUCCUGGACACGCCUGAGAUGAGACGCGUCAGAGAGACUCAGCGCAUCAUCUCUGGAGUGAGAUACCACGAGGACUUUGAGAAGAGCAAAGGCAGCUUCACUCCCACCACCACCGACCUGGUGACCGAGCGUGUGAAGAAGAACACUCAGGACUUCAGUGACAUCAGCUACCGUGGCAUCCAGAGACGCGUGGUGGAGAUGGAGAGGAGACGUGCCAUCGAGCACGACCAGGAGACCAUCACUGAUCUGCGUGUGUGGCGCACAAACCCUGGCUCUGUGUUUGACUACGACCCUGCUGAGGACAACAUCCAGUCCAGGAGUCUGCACAUGAUGUCAGUUCAAGCUCAGCGUCGCAGCAAGGAGCACUCCCGCUCCACCAGCGCCCUGAGCGGCAUGGCUGACGAGAAGUCUGAGGUGUCCCAGGACGCCGACCAUCACAUGUCUCUCUACAGCAAUGGCUUCAUGGCGUCCUCUGUUGGUUACCAGCACGCUAAGACUGUGGAGGUGCAGCAGAGGUCUUCAUCAGUGGCCACCCAGCAGACCACCGUCUCCUCCGUCCCCUCACACCCCUCCACCACUGGGAAAACUGUUCGUGCCAUGUACGACUACACUGCAGCCGACAACGACGAGGUGUCCUUUAAAGACGGAGACGUGAUCGUUAACGUGCAGUCCAUCGACGAGGGCUGGAUGUACGGCACCGUGCAGCGCACCGGCAAGACCGGCAUGCUGCCAGCCAACUACGUAGAAGCAAUCUAAAGACAAAGCCCGCCCACCGUCCCUCCAGAGUGGGCGUGACACAUCCACAGGGCAAUCUGAUUGGUCUUCCUGUGAACACAACCGCGGCUUAGUGCAAUGAUUUAGUGUCUCUUAGCUCUGUAUUUUAAUGGUGUUGUGAUUCUCGUCUGUUCUCAUUCAUACACUGCUGCCCUGUUUCCUGUGGAUGUGACAUCAACAUGGUGACAUCACUCAUAUAAAUAUCUCUAUUAUACAUACUAUGACUACGCUGAAUGACAGACUCUGUAACCUGUUCUGAGACACUCCCUUAGACUCACUAACAACCCAACGCCCUUUGUAUAUUUCAAUAAUAUUUAAUAUAUAUAGAAGAGUAUUAGAAACCUUCAGCCAGACGAUGGGCUCACAUAGUUUGAAUUCUGUGGAGAGAAAAAGAAAUGACGACGAUAGUGAAACCUGUAAGGAGUCAGUUAGCGUCUGUCUCCUCCAUGAUGAAACCGCUCCUAACGAGUUGUACGAGACCAGACCUCAGUCUUCCCUCCUUCACACUGAAGGCUGGUCACUAGUAGAGUGUGUGUUUUGUUUCUUCUGAUUAUUUAGGUCCUCUACCUUUAAUCUGUAGCCAAUAAAGCACACCAAGCUCCUGCAGCA